AUGAAAGUUGCAAUCGUAGGAGCCACUGGCGCUACCGGAAGGUCCAUCGUCAAUGCCCUCCUGGAAUCUGACACCCAGUUUGAUAUUACGGCUUUAGUGCGACCUAGCUCGAUCGAGAAACCAGCGGCCGUUGCGUUGAAAGAGAAAGGUGUCAAGAUUGUUGCCAUUGACCUUCAAGGUAACCAAGAUGAACUCGUGGUUGCUUUGAAAGGCAUUGAUGUCGUCAUCUCGGCCAUCUAUUAUCAGGCACUCCAUGACGAGAUUCCUCUUUCAAAUGCAGCCAAGGCGGCCGGCGUUAAGCGAUAUGUCCCUUGCUUCUUUGCUACUGUCGCACCUCGAGGUGUUAUGAAGGCCCGCGAUACUAAAGAAGAGAUUCUAGACCACAUUCAGCGCAUCUAUCUCCCUUACACAGUAAUUGAUGUCGGCUGGUGGUAUCAGGUCACACUUCCCAACGUUCCGUCUGGAAAGUUCGAAGGUCGCCUCACAUUCGCGAACAACAAUGUUAUCGGCGGUGGGAACAACCCAUCUGCGCUGGUUAAUCUAGAUGACAUUGGAAGAUACGUUGCCGCUAUCAUCAGCGAUGAGCGCACCAUCAACAAAAAGGUUUUUGCAUACACAGAGGCGAAAUCGCAGAACGAGAUUUUUGAACUGGUCGAGAAGGUGACUGGUGAAAAGCCAGAGCGCACAGAGAUGUCCAAGGAACAAAUCGAAGCUCAGCUGGCACAGAUUCAAGACCCAGCUGAGUUGUCGCAGAACCGAGCAGUUCUGGAUUAUUGGAUGUCUUGGGGCGUUCGGGGCGACAACACGGCCGAAAAUGCUGUCUAUCUUGGAUAUGUUCUUCUUAAAGAUUUAUACCCUUCUCUCACAGGACAAAGUCUGGAAGACCACAUCCGAGAUGUUCUUGACGGGAAGACCAAGUCGGUUUACUAG